AUGAUUUAUCUGGCCCACACAGCUCACAGGCAGUUCCUGGGCCUGGUAGCAGGUUUCCUGGCGUGGAUCUUCACCAUGACCACGGUCGGCCUCAACGAGUGGCGGCUGUGGCACGUGGACGAUGUAUCCGUCAUCACGUCGGGCGUGGCCUGGGUGGGUAUCUGGAAAGCGUGUUUCUACAGCCAAGUCCUCCCAGAGAUGGAGAACUGUCGGAGCAUCAGUAUCUCAGACUCUUUUGUCCCAGUGGAGAUCCCCGUGGCUCAGGUGCUGAUGGUGCUGGCGGUGGUCUGUGGCCUGGUGGGAAACGUCAGCGGUGCGGUGGCCAUGAGGAUGGUCUACUUCUCUCUGGAGGAUCGCAGCAGCAUCAGGCUGGUCUUCAUGCUGGCAGGGACCCUGUAUCUGCUCACAGGGAUGUUGUCCUUGGUGCCGCUGGUGUGGAACAUGAGCUCUGUGCUCAACAACAGCACCAUAGACUUCCCUCCUGAGUUUCACCUCCCUGUGCCUCCUGUCAGGCAGCAGGUCGGCUCUGCCAUCGGGGUGGGCAUCUUAGCCUCCGUCCUGAUGCUCAUCAGUGGCCUGCUUUUCCUCUCCUACCACUAUGCCUGGAACACUCUGAAGUCAGAGGCCCCCAGAGACACCAGGGACCCACUCCAUGGUCCCUGGAAUGAGUUAACAAAUGGAGUCAACCAGGGAAUGGAUAAUCCUGUGUUCCACAUUGAAGAAGUCUCAUGA